AUGUUUUAAUCAAGUCUUGAAUUAUUAAACCAUUAUAUUAAAGAAUCUAUUCAAGGCUAGUAAAUUAAUUACAUCCAAUAAAUUUUACUAUUUUUAGAAAGCAUAGAUAAUCUUGUUAUAUAAGAAUAAAUCAAGAAAAUUUAAAAUUAAGAAGAAUUUGCUAGUUUAAAAGUGCUUUUUGAUAAUAAAAUAUUUUUAAUUUCGUUUUUAAUAAUCAAGGAUAAUAACAGUGAAGAAAUUUUUGAACUUUUACAAUUCUUAAAUACAUUAAAUUUGAAUUCUAGCUAUUCAAUUAUAUCAAUUUUAAAACUUUAAAUAGGAAUAAUAAUUGAAGAAGGUACUUUUAUUUCAUUUAAUUAAAUGAUUAGUAACAAUCAAAUGACUUAUCAAAAAAUUAAAUAAUUAGCUUAUGAUUUGGUAGAAUAAUUAGCUAAAUUGCAUUAAUAAAAUAUAUGCUUAUUUAAUUUUUCUUUUGAUGAUGUUUAUUUAAAUUUAGAAUCAAAUAAGUUUUUGAUUAAAUUUUGUUUUGAUUUAUAAAGAGUUUAAUCUGAAUAAUUCAUAUUUAAUUAUUCACAAAAAAUAUAUAUCGAUCCAAAUUUUCCUAUACCAGAACUAAUCUAAGUAGAUAAUUAAGUUAAAUAAUAAAUAAAAAUUCUCAAUCCUUUUUUAAUUGAUACAUGGAAUUUAGGAGUUUUAAUCCUAAAUACUUUUAUGAAAAUCAAUUAAGAAAGUUCAACUGAUUUGAAAUACUUAUUGGAGAAAUAUUUUUUAAGUUUAUUUGAAGUUGAUUAUAUGUUGAUGAAUGGAAAUUAUUAUAAAAAUUAAAAUGAUUUAUAGUUUCUUCUUCAAGAAACAAAUAGAUGUUCAAUAUUUUAAUUCAUAAAAUUAGCUAAUUGUACCAAAUUAUUUUAAUUAUGUGAUACAAAUCUAGAAGGCUCUGAUAAAUUUACAAAUUUUGCCAAUUGUUGUGAAACAAUGAAAAAAUAGUAUUUAAAGGGAAAAUUUUUUAAAAUUAAAUCAAUAAAUAAUCAUAUCAUAAAUUUGGAAUUUAUUCAAGACCUAAAUUAAAAUGAGUAUCCUCUUAAUAAUUAAAUAUAAAUUACUCUUGGAUAAUUAAUAGUCAAUUCCUAAAUAUAAAGAGUGAUUCCUACUUUUCAGAUAUACCACAACACAAAUAAAUUUAUUUUAGAUUCAAAUAUUUCAAAUGAAAAGUUAAUAUAGAUAAUUAUGACUUUUUAAGAUCUUUAAAUUUAUUUUAUUGACACAGAAUCUUUUUUAUUAUUUCUUUAAUAGGAAAAUAUUCCAUUUCAAAAAAUUAUUAAAUUUAAAAGACAUUUUUAAUUUGAAAUCAAUAACUUUAUUUUUUAUGAUAAUCAAAAGAAUUAAAAUUUGUUAAAUGAAUUACUUAAUCUAUUUCAUAAUUUUAAUAUUAGUAGACUUGAAGUUAAACAAGAAUAAACUCCCCCUAAUUAAAAUAUAUAAUUUGCAUAAAAUAUUUUAAAUAAAUUAAAUUUGGAUCAAAUUAGAGUUCUAAUUUUGAGUAAUACAUUUAUAAAUGAUUUAAAUUUACCAAUAAUCUUAAAACUUUCAUCAAUAUCAAAUCUAAACAUAUCAAAGUGUUAAUGUUUGUCUGCAGAAGCUUUAUGCCAAUUUUUUAAAUAAUCUUAAUUCUGUAAUCUUGUGACUUUAGAUAUAAGUAAAACUAAAUCUGAUGAAACAGUUUUUGAAGCUGUUUGGAAAAACAAAUCUAUGGUUGCUUUAACAAGUUUUAAUAUUAAUGACUGUGCCUUCCAUAAUUUAACACUAGUAACUUAAACCAUUGCCUAAAUUAAUGCUAAAUAAGAAAUAAUUUAAGAAUUAUAUAUGUCUAAUUGUGAUUUAAAUAAUUCUAUUUUAACAGCUUUACAGUAGAUAACAAAUUUAAAUUGUUUGGAUAUAUCAAAUAAUCCUUAAUUAAAUUAAUUUCAUAGUUUGAAGAGAGAUAAUAAAUACAAUUAUUUAAAUUUAGAAUUAUGUGAAAUUAGAUCUUAAGAUAUAAUGUUUCUCUUAAAUUUAGAGUGUUUGAUAAAUUCAAAAUUAAAAAUAUAUACUCGAUAAACUACAUCAAUAUAUAAUAUAAAAGUUACCUAAAGAUUAAUCUAGAUUACAAAUUUAUAGGUAAAAAAUAUAUAAGUAGAUUAAGAUGUUUCUGAAAUCAAAUUCUUCAAUUUAGCAAUAGCUUAGAAAAGAGCAUUUCUUUCUUAAGAAUUUAAUAAAUUAACCAUUUUAUAUUUAGAAAAUUGCUAAAUUGAAGACAAAGAUGUUACUAUUCUAGGUUCCAAUUUAAGUUUAACUUAAUUAUAAGAAUUGAAUUUAAAUUAGAAUAAUUUAAGUGAUGAUUCUAUAAUUACAAUUUUAUCUACUUUCAAAUAACUCAUUAAUUUAGGAUUUGAUUAAUCUAAGAUUACUAAAAAUUGUUUUUAAUACAUAAUUGAUUCAAAUUUAAAAAUUUUAAGUAUAAGAUUUUGUACAAAGCUAGAAGCAGACGAUAUUUUGAGUUUAGUUACAAAUUUAGAUGCUUACUUGAAAUAUUUAGAUAUUAGUUUCAAUAAAAUUAAUAAUAGCUUAAUAAAUUAUCUAUAAAAUGAAAGAUUUAGUUUUACAAUCAUAUUUAAUUAAAAUCUAGAUGAUUAAUUGAAAAUUUCAGAUAAACUAAAAUUUCAAAAUUGA